AUGAAGAUCCUAGCUUGGAACUGUCGUGGACUCGGGAAUUCUGCGACAGUUCGUCAACUGGCGCACUUGGUGCGUCUCCAUAAUCCCGACGUGAUGGUAUUGUCUGAAACUCGGCUUCCUAUUGAUAAAUUUAAGAGGGUAUGUACUAAACUCCACUUCAUAGACUUACAUUAUAUUCCUCCAAAUGGGCUUUCCGGGGGAUUUGCUCUGUGUUGGAUGAAAGGAGUUCACUGUAGUGUACAAGCUGCCUCCAAGAAUGUAAUAAUGGGCAAAAUCAUUUCGGACCCUCCGGGAAUACCUUGGAUGCUGUUAGGGACGUAUGGGCCGCCCAACCGAGUUGAUAAGGAGCACUUUUGGUUGCAAAUGGGUGACACUAUUAUGAAAUCCCAACUUCCUCUUAUUAUGCUGGGAGACAUGAAUGGCACUCUUAAUGAUAGGGAAUGUUUUAAUUAUCAUGGAAAUACAUCGCUUUAUGCAUUUGAUUUUCGGAGAAUGGUUCAAAGAGCGGGUUUGAUUGACUUAGGCUUUAUCGGUCCAAAUUUCACUUGGGCGAAAGGGGGAAGAAACUCAAAUGGAAGUGGGGCUAUGAAACGAGCAAGACUAGACCUUGGACUAGCUUCGACUGAUUGGAGGAUACUGUUCCCUAAUGCAAUCGUCCACCACCUCGCUGCUUCGGAAUCUGAUCACAGACCACUUCUGGUUGAUACUUUGGGAGGAGCCAAAUGCAAGGGCCGACAGUUUAAAUAUGAGAAUAUGUGGGAAAGAGAUCCUCGAUCCUUUUGGGUGGUUAAAGAGGCCUGGAAGGCAAGACGUCAUGCACACCCAAUGAUUAAUUUUCACAAGAAGGUGAAAGCAACGGGAAGAAAGCUUGGUAAUUGGAAUAAAACCCAAUUCACUCAUCUCUCUCAACAAAUUCAGAUUGCGAAAUCCAACCUUCAACAAGUGGAACAGAGGUAUCCGGAUGAUGGCGUCCAGGUUGAUAAAGCGAGACAGGCUCUCUCCGAAGCGUUACUAAGAGAAGAAAUCCAUUGGAAACAAAAAUCAAGAGUACAAUGGCUCCAAGAAGGGGAUAUGUGCUCCAAAUUCUUUAUGGCGUCUACCAUCGUGAGAAGACGAAGAAACUAUAUUCAGCACAUCAAACUCACUCCGGAAGAGGAUUGGAUAAGGAACCAUGACCAAAUCGCACAGUGCUUCCUCAACAAAUUCAAGGAGAUAUUCAAGAAAGCGGACACCGAUCUUUCAACGCUCAGGGAUGGGGUAUUUAAUUCUACUAUAACGGAACAAGACAACUCCCUCCUGAAUGCUAUUCCGCAACAAGAUGAGAUAAAGUUGGCUCUUUGCGACAUGGGAAAAGACAAGGCCCCGGGGCCGGAUGGACUUCCACCAAGCUUCUAUUUGCAUCACUGGGAUACAGUCCAUACGGAUCUAAUUGAGAUGGUGAUCCAUUUCUUCUCACAUAUGGAAUUGCCUCAAUUCAUAAACGAUACCUCAUUGGUUUUGGUACCUAAGAAAGACUCUCCAUGCCUAGUUAAUGACUAUCGCCCGAUUGCUCUAUGCAAUGUUGCGUACAAGAUUAUAUCCAAGAUCAUCGCCUCAAGACUUCGAGACUUGCUUCCAAGAAUUGUUUCCCCAAAUCAAGCUUCUUUCGUCAAAGGUAGACACAUUGCUGAAAAUACAAUGAUAGCCCGUGAGAUUGUACAUUCAAUGCGAAGGAGGAAGGGUAAACGCGGGUUCAUGCUAAUCAAACUUGACUUGGAAAAGGCGUACGAUAAAUUGGAUUGGGACUUCAUCUUAAGGGUACUGCACCAGUUAGGCUUCAAUAGACCUUUCACGGAAUGGAUUAAGGCUUGUAUUUCAGUCCAUGAAAUAAAGCUGCUGCUAAAUGGCUCACCAGCAGGGAAAUUCACUCCGGAGAGGGGCUUAAGACAGGGCGACCCCUUAUCCCCUGCCUUAUACAUCAUGGCGGCAGAAACAUUGUCAAGGCUGUUGCUCGAGAAAGAACAGCAUGGGCUUCUCAAAGUUUUCAAAUUGACAAGGAGAGGUGACUCAGUCACUCACUUGAUGUUUGCUGACGACAUCAUGCUUUUUGGAGAAGCCACAAUACGAGAGGCCAAAUCAUUCUUGGACUGCUUAAACUACUAUUGUAAUUGUUCGGGUCAAGCCAUCAACUUCUCAAAGUCAUCUGUUUAUUUCUCGCGAGGUGUAGCCAGCCGAAAGGCUCAAGUAAUUGCCCAAACUUUAGGAAUGAGGAAGAUGAAUAGGAGUGCAACGUGUCUUGGAAUUCCCCUCUUUAGAUCGAUCAAGCAUACAGAGGAUACGAAACACCUAAUUGAUAAGGUGCUUAAAAGAAUUCAGGGGUGGAAAAUGCGGCUAUUGUCAAGCGCUGGGAAAACUUGCCUAGUCAAGGCCGUCGGCUCAAGUCUCUCAAACUACGUUGCCUCCUCUGAUGUAAUUCCUUCCUCAACAGCUAAGAAAGUCGAUAAGCUUUUGCGGGAUUUCUGGUGGGGCGACACUGAAUUAAAAAGAAAGCUCCACCUAGUGUCUUGGGAUCGCCUCUGUAAACCGAAAAAUGUAGGAGGUUUGGGAUUUCGGGCCACUGAGACGAUGAAUGAAGCAUUUCUCAUGAAGUGGGCUUGGAAGAUUCUUAAUGGCGAGGAGUGCUUAUGGCGUAAGGUAAUGAAUGACAAAUACAUCAAAAACCAGAAUUUUCUUGACUUGGAGGCCAAGCAGUCAGACUCAAUGCUGUGGAAAGCGAUUCUCCGUGCGCGGACGACCCUUGGAAAAGGCAUUUGUCGGAAAAUUGGGGAUGGCAACUCCACUUCGAUCUGGUUUGAUCCGUGGGUUCCAGGGGAUAUACGACAACCUACUCCUUCUGUAGAUGAUGCGGGAACAAUCAGCUUGGUAAGUAAUUUCAUUACGGACCAACAAUGGAAUGCCGAGUUGGUAAAGAGAUGGUUUCGACGUGAAGAUGCAAAACGCAUUAUCAACAUUUCUCUCCCUGGGAGGCCUGUUCGUGACUCUUGGCUGUGGCUGCCAAGUACUAAUGGGGAGUUUACUAUUAAAUCGGCCUAUAAAUUGUUGAAGAAUGGCAACCACAGUAACGAAGGCGACGGGAAAUGGAAAUCCAUUUGGGGAGCCAAGAUCCACAACCGCCUCAAGAUGUUCUGGUGGAGACUCCUUGCCAAUUGCAUCCCUACAAAAGAAAGACUUAGUAUGUCUAUCCCCAUUCAAGAUACCACAUGCACCUUUUGCUUUACUUGUGCUGAGAAUAGUUUUCACUUGCUUUGGGAGUGCCAAUACGCAAGAGCAAUCUGGUUUGGGUGUAGCUGGAGUGUUAGAGCCGAUGUCAUCUCAGUCUCCAAUUGGGAUGAGUGGAUGGGUUGGUUUUCAAAUGCUACUAACAGGCCAUCCUUUCUCGACUUCAACACUUUUUUGGGAGGGGCUGCUAUUAUCUUUGAAAACAUUUGGAGAGAGCGGAAUGGGCGAAUUCAUGAUAGAAGAUCCAACCCUUUCGUCGUCUCGAUCAACUCCAUCAACAAUAGACUUGGUGAACUUAUGCAACCCACUGAUUCUGUCCACACCAAUCCUUCUCAGUGGCAGCCCCCACCAGAGGGUUGGGUGGCUUGCAAUUCAGACGUGGCUAUAGGGCAGAACCAAUCGUCGGGAGCUGCUAUUUUUCGAGACAGUGGGGGCAACAUCCUGAGAUCUGCAUCCUUCCGCCUGAACCACUACGAUCCUCUACCGGGAGAGGUUGCAGCUGUGUGUGAAAGUGCAGGUUUGGCGGUAGAGCUUGGAUACGAUAACUUAGUGUUUCAAUGUGAUUCCUUAAAUGCUGUAGCUGCUUUGAAAACUAAAUCUCAAGACAUCCAUAAGCUGCAAUUCAACAUUCAAGAAUAUGUUCAUAAGUUCCUCUCUAUUGCGGGUAAGUUCAAUCUCUGGGAGAUCGUUUGGACCCCUAGAGGCUGCAACGGUGUAGCCCAUUCUGUGGCUCAAUGGGCAAAUCGAUUUAACAAAUUUGGGUUCAUCGAUUUGGCCAAUUUUGGUGACUCCCUGCAGCUGUUAAGUGCAGAUGGUCAUGGCUCUGUUUAG